UUGAAUCUCCUUUUUUUCUUUAAAACAAAUCCCUUUGUCUUUAAAUCAGUGAUCACGGUGAUAACAAAAUGCACCAUUAACAUGUAUUCAUGUUAGAGAAUAUUAGAAAGAGCUCUUCAUGAUGCUCUGCAGUACAAAGCUAACAGUGACGACUCUCAGAGGUGAUCGUACAUUUAAAUCAACACCUUUUCAACACAGUGUGAGCAAAUACUGAACAUUUAGGAUUGAUACAAAUAGGAUUCAUCGCUGAUUUAUUUGUAUUGGAUUAUAUUAGAUUGUGCAGAUGUUCACCUAUUAACUCAGUGUCCAGGUCGGUUGAGUUUCCAUCACACACUUCAAUGUUACAAAUAAUGCUGCAUGUUUCUAUACGUCUCUGUUCUCUGUGUCUAGUUUCUGGACAGUCUUCAACAUUUGGUCUCAAAGGGGGAAAAGUCUUCUUGAAGCCAGACAUCACUGGACAUCCUGAUGGAAUUCUGUGGAAAUUUAAAGGCAACAAAGUGGUAGAGUUUGAAGGCCAACAGCAACAGGUGUUCAGGCCAUAUGAAAACAGGAUCACUCUUAACUGGGUCACUGCAGAACUCAAUAUCGCUGACCUCAGAUUGGAAGACAGCGGAGACUACGUACUGGAAGUAGAGAUCAAUAACGUAUUGAAUAAUUCCUAUUAUGCACUGGAGGUCAUGGACAAAGUCAGCAGACCCACCAUUUCCUGUAAGAUGAACGACGGCGGCAGCUUGAACGUAUCCGGAGAGCUGGUUUGCUCUGCAGAGCCUCAACCCUCACUGAAGUUUGAGUGGGGAGCUCGUGGAAACGUGCAGCUCGGCCCACAGCUGCAAAUACCUCUGGGGGAUGAACAUGAUGAUGAAGUGUACAGUUGUAGUGUGAGCAACCAGCUGAGCAAGGAAACAACUACAUUCACUGCAAAGGAUUGUUACCCAGAAGGAAGUUCGUCUGCAGUACCGAUCACCAUUGCAGUCAUCAUUGUUCUUGUGUUGCUCCUCGGGUGUGUGGCCAUACAUUGUUUAAACGACACAAUAAAG